AUGAGAGCGUCUUGUAAGUUAUCUGCGAAGAGAGACUACCGUCAGUACUUAGACAAAGUGGAUCAGGGAGUAUCCGUGAACCUUCGUUUCUUCUGGAGCCACGUUAACGCUAUUAGAAACUCUUCCUCGCUGCCCUCACGCAUGUUUUACAACGACAUCGAAUCAAAGGAACCUCAAGGGAUGUGCGAACUGUUCAGGGAUUUUUUCUCCUCAGUGUAUACGAAGCCCACGGAGAUAUUUAUACCUGUUAGUGGUGACCACUUUGGAAACUCCAUUUUUUCAAGAAUCUCACACCAAGAAGUAUUGAGCAAGCUGAGGAAGCUCGAUGAGACCAAAGGAUGGGGUCCUCAUGAAAAUUCCCCGAUGGUUUUGAAACAUUGCAGUGGUCUGUUGGCGGGACCAAUUUGUGAUCUAUUCAAUGCGUCACUGUCAUCUGGUGUCUUCCCAGAAUCUUUAAAAUUAGCCUACGUUGUUCCCCUCCACAAAAAUGGGGCCAUUGAAGAUGUUGCUAACUAUAGACCAAUCUCGAUUUUGCCAGCUAUUGCCAAAGUUUUUGAGGACCUCUUUCUUGACCGAACUCUAGCUGCUGGAGUAGAGACUACUUCUGCGGCCGGCGGGAGGAUUGUUGCUGCUGAUAGACUUCUUGGGGGUGUAGAUUUUGCAGGAACUCUAGCUGCUGGAUCGAGACUACUUGUGAGGCCGGUGGGGGGAUUGUUGCUGCUGAUAGACUUGGUGGUGUAG